GCCUAGCAAUAUUCUACUGGAUCAAGACAUGGUUGGGCAUGUUUGUGAUUUUGGAAUUGCAAAGUUGUUGGGAGAUGAAGAAUCUGUGGUACAAACAAAGACUCUUGGUACAUUUGGAUAUAUUGCCCCAGAGUAUGGACUGGAAGGAUUGAUUUCAACAAGUAGUGAUGUUUACAGCUUUGGGAUUAUAUUGAUGGAGACAUUUACAAAAAGAAAGCCUAAGGAUGAGAUGUUUACAGAAGAAUUAAACCUCAGGCGUUGGAUACAAGAAAGCUCACCAGAUUCUGUGAUUCAGGUUAUAGACACAAAUUUGCGUCAUCCUGAAGAUAUAUUGGUACAAAGGAAGAUUGAAUGCAUAUCAUCUAUCUUGCAACUUGGUUUAAGUUGUACAACAGAUGCUUCUGAGGAGAGAAUAAACAUGAAAGAAGCUCUAGGAGCAUUGCAGAAGAUCAAACUUCAGUUUAUCAAAGAUAUCACACCUUGAAG